GAUGUGUGCAAUUUUAUUGAGGAUCUAAAUUCUGCUGGCAUCCGGUUUGUUUACUUUUCACCAACAGCUGAGAGGGAAAGCAAAGCUUAUGGUGAACGACUUGGACUUGAAACGGAUUGGAACAGUUGUAUACUUUUAUCAUCGCCAGGUGAUGAAAAUUCAUUCGGUGACGGGUAUUUAGAAUCUCAUGAUAUUAAAGCACGACUUCCUCGUGGAAUAGAUAACAUAAGAGAACAUCUCGAAGAGGUGGACGAUAUUCCAUUACACGUGUCGUUAUUUGCAGAAUGCACUCCCGAGACGACACGUGAGAUGAUCAAAAUAUUUCAAAAUUAUGGAGAAGUUGUUUGUUGCAUUGGAAGUGCAUUAAAUGCUUCAAAUACUCAUGCCUUUGCAGUUGCAGACGUGAGUGUCGCUAUGGAGCCGACUCACACUAGAGCACAAACAAGAAACGGGUUAUGUCAUUAUAAUGGAAAUAUGGAUAAAGGACAAUCUCCAAUGGCCCUUGGCGCUGCUUUUACCACUUUACCAUGUGGGUUAUUCAUGCACUAUGAUACUAGCCUGUAUGCAUUAACUGACGUUAUAAGAGAAGCCAGAAGAUUAAUCAACUGCCUGAGAAUGGGAAUCGCAUUUAUGCUCGGAACUUAUUUAUCAAUAUCCUUGCUCUUGUUAUUCUCGUACAUUUUAUUUCUUCCACCUGCACUUACUGGAUAUCAUAUAUUAUGGAUUACUUGGAUAAUUUCUCCUAUAUUAGCGUUUUCUUUUCUAUUUAAUCCACAUGAAGCGGAUACUAUGACAACUAUGACAGAACAUCUCAAAGAUUUGAAUAGAUUUUUGGUAUAUUGGUUCUUGAGGUUCAUUUUACCUGUAUUAAUGUGUGUCACGGUUUUUUCCGGAUGCUUAUACUUUUUAAAUCAUACGUUACAUAAUGAUCCGGGUGAAUCUAAAAUAUUUGGGUCUUAUGGAAGAGACGGGUGGUUGAGAUGGAAAAAUGAGCAGCAGUGGGUUGUGUUGUAUUCGCAGAACUGCACAUUAUUCAUAUUCGUGUGGUAUAUCAUUAUGUUAUCAUCCACAUUUGUUCAUCGAACGUUAUCUUUACGACAAUUUCCUCCGUUUAAGAAUAAAAUUUGGAUACUUUCUGUGAUAAUAAGUUUGAUGCUUCAAGCGAUUUUCACUACCAUAUCAUUAGCACCAGGACCACUUUCAACGCUUAAAAAUAUUCCAUAUUAUGUUUAUCUCAUCGGAUUCUUAUCACCUAUAGUUUUCAUACCAAUACAAGAAUUGGUGAAAAUACAUGAUAGAAAAGAAUACACCAGAUUUCAAAAGAGAUCCAAAUUGGAAUUUAACACCAAAUUGGGCAUGCAUUCUCCUGUAUAG